AUGUUCGCCACUACCUUUAAGGUCGUAAUGGGCACACAUCGUAUGAGCAGUACUGCCAGUGGUCGCAUCAGUCGCCGCCAGCAUCAGUGGGACUACGACUGCUGCAGCCUGCCGCCAGUUCCCAGGCAAAGGUCAUCUAACUGUGGCUUCCACCGCCACUUGCAGCUGCGGAGGCUCUGCUUGCCCACCACCACAAACCUCCUGCUGGUGGUGUUGCUGCCGGUGGUGCUGCUGCUGAGUGUGCAAAAGGGAGCAUCCGGCACCUCAUCACCCCCUCCCCCCAUGCCGCCCGUACCCCCCUGCGGUCCAGCGACUGUCCUCUACCAGGAUGGUGUCCCUGUCAGCGCUAUUCGGACUCCUGUCCUGGCAGUGGCGACUGGCCAGGAGAUCAGCCCCGCGUAUAUUUUGCAGGUUAUGGAUACGCAAUAUGGUGACGGAUUUCAUUUCGAUGGAACACCAGACAUCUUAAUAAGCUGGCAAGGAUCAGUAGAGUACAAUACGACUUUUGGCAUGUUAUCUGAAGCCGAAUUCAAUGCAUCGUACAGCGGCAGUGCAGGCUGCGUUCCCCCAGUCACAACCAGCGAUCCGUUGGGCAUUUGGCUAGUGAGGCCCGGAAUAACACUCGCCAUCCCCCUUUUCUAUGCUACACGCACCGACUACUCCAGCUUGAUUCAACUCUGUGGGCCCCCAACCACAUUCUACUCGUUUGUUUCCGUGUCCGAUGUAAACGGUAAUGUUGCUUGGGCAUCAACUGACUGGGUGGCUGCCAAUGAUGCUACCAACCCCAUCUGCCCGGACUCCCCCACUGCCUGGGGCUAUAUCAAGUUCGGCAUAAGCUACUGCCCGUGCCCUGCUCAGCCCCCGCCGCCAAGUCCCCCACCUCCGCCCCCCAUGCCGCCUGUAUCAUCCUGCGGUGUCAUAACGACAAAAAGCCAAGGUGUACCAGUGUCGGGUAUCCGGGCCCCACUUCGAUCCAGCCGGACUGGGGAGGAGAUCGGCCCGGCGUUUAUUUAUAUUCAACCUGACCCCGAAAUCACUGCACCAAUUCUUGCCCUUGGCUUUCCAAAGCUCGUGAUAGGAUGGCAGCAAGAUAGUACCAUCAUGGUUUGGGGAAACAUUUUCAACGAGGUCGAAUUUCAGAGCUUGUAUAAUGGCAGCACCGG